UCAACUCACCACAAAGAAAUGAAGCUGCAGCUGCCCACCAAGCACAUGGGAUAGCAUCGAUGGCAGCGAAUGGAAUGUCGACACAGGAGCGGCAGCUCUGCGAGUUUUUCAGAGACUUGCCGCUGGUGAAGAAGAACCGUUAUGACGAAUCCGCAAGCAACGACCUUCUUUAUAACCUUUUCUGGUCUUUAGCAGGCGGCCAGGACAAGUAUAUGCGACUCUUCUUUCCUGAGGGACGUCAACCUGCACCAAACGAGAAAUGGGAGCUUCGGGGAGCUCAAGGCGCCGUGGAUGGAGCAGAAUACACAGAGGCGGCGAGGGGCAAGGCUUGCGGUCAUAUCUUCAAGAGUGGCGAGGCAACAUACAGAUGCAAGACGUGCAGCGCAGAUGAUACCUGUGUUCUUUGCAGUAGAUGCUACGAUUCUUCUGAUCAUACGGACCACAUGGUGUAUAUUAGCAUAUCCCCUGGAAACAGCGGCUGCUGCGACUGUGGCGACCCUGAGGCAUGGAAACGCCCUGUGCACUGCACGAUACAUAGCGAGAGCGAGCAUGAAGCAAAAAGGUCUGGGAAAUCAAAAGAGACGUCUGGACUGCCAGAUGAACUUAUCGAGAGCAUUAGGAUGACCAUUGGCCGAGCUUUCGACUACGUAUGCGAUGUUAUAUCCUGUUCGCCAGAACACUUACGACUCCCUAAGACGGUUGAUAGCAUCAAACUCGAUGAGCGAAUGUCCCGCCUCACAUCCCCUUACUACCGAGGAGAUAUAGUCGAAGAGCCUAUUGAGUACGUCCUGAUAUUGUGGAAUGACGAAAAGCAUACGGUGGAGGAGGUUAGCCUGCAAGUCUCUCGGGCCUGCAAAGUCAGGGUAGCGGAAGGGUUACAACGAGCCUACGAAACCGAUGACAUGGGACGGGCUAUUGUGAAGUACAGUUUUGAUAUCAACGAAUUACUUGCCGUCGCGGAGGUCAUCGAGCACAUCAAAGUUACGGUUAGCAUCCGCUCUGCUCGAGAUACAUUCAGGGAACAGAUGUGUGGAACAAUUAUCCAAUGGCUUGGAGAUAUCUCGGGCUGCAGCGUUGGUGGAGACCACAAUAUCCUACGAGACGUUGUAUGCGAGGAAAUGCUCAAAUCUUGGCGAACGGGAAGUGAGGCUGUCAACGCAGAAAUCGGCAAGAGCGGUAUCGACGACCUAGAAAUUGAAGACCAAGAAAGAGAAAACGAAGAUAGAAUGAUGCUAUUAGGGGCGCGGAAUAUACAGAUCGUACGUUUGGAGGCCGCUAUGGCGGAGGCUGAACGAGCGAAUGAAAUGGAAAGCUCGGAGGACGAAGACGAAGACGGAGAUGAAGAUGGAGGUGAGCUGAGUGAGGGUGAAGAUGUGGGCGAAGAAGAACUUCAAUCAAUUAUGGACGUCAUGCUAGUUGAGGCACAGGCGGGUGGCGAUCAAGAUGGAGAUGUCGAGAUGACGGAUGAUGCAUCAGCGCAAGAGGCAGAUGAAGCCACUAUGGCUGGAUAUCCGCCGCCGCCUCCCCCUCCACCACCGCCACCUCCAGGUUUAGACACCCAGAGGGCUCUAAUGGAUCGUGAAACUACUCCGUCGGAUUCGGAUAUGGCAGAGCCGUUAAUAACAUCUUCCAUCUAUGCCAAAGCCAAUAUGGAUAUCCCCAAAACCCCAGGGCCGAAGCAUGCUAGACCUGAGAAGGUUGGAAGGCCACCGAGAUACUGGCUUGAGACACCAGAAGCGUUCAGUGAUAGGGAGUCUAUACCGCUACACGAAGAUCUUUGGCAGCGCGUAAGACUUGACUGGAUGAUCCUCUUCGACUUAAGGAUGUGGAAAAAGGUCCGGGUCGAUCUCCGUGACCUUUACAUUUCUACCGUCGUCACAAUCCCUGAGUUUAAGCGUGUGCUGGGACUUCGCUUUGCUGGAUUAUACACUCUCUUGGCGCAGUUAUAUUUAAUUGCUGAUCGCGAGCCUGAUUACUCGAUAAUCAAUAUCUCCUUACAGAUGCUCACGACACCAUCCAUCACGUCAGAAAUUGUCGAGAGAGGGAACUUCUUGACACAUCUGAUGUCUAUAUUAUUUACGUUCCUAACCGCUAGGCAAGUUGCGCCGCCAAUUGAGAUCAAUCCAAAUGCCGUUCUCAAGUUUGAAACUGGUUCUGUAACCAACCGCCGCAUGUAUCACUUUUUCAUGGAUCUUCGCUAUCUUUUCAAUGCGCCACACGUUCAUGAAAGGCUCCGGACAGACGAGAGAUACAUGAUGCAGUUCCUUGACCUUGUCAAGCUUCAUCAAGGAAUAUGUCCGAAUGUCAGAGCCGUAGGCGACCAUCUCGAGUACGAGACUGAUGCUUGGAUAAGCGCCUCCCUAGUGACUAGAGAGAUCAACCGCCUAUGCCGCCAGUUCUCAGAGUCUUUCAAGUGGAAGCUUGGCGAAGAUAUGUCUGCUAUUAAUAGGGCCAUUCGUUUCUCUGCGAAUACAGUCAUCAUAAACUCGCUGGGCUUGGAGCGCAGACGAUUUGAAGGCUCUGAGAUCAAAGAAGAAGUGAAGUUCAAAACAGUUGCGGAUUAUGAGUUUGAUACUUCGGAGACUGGCGAACACAGUGUUAUCAAGUUCAUCGUCGAAGAUCAGCCGAUCAGUUUUCAUCAUGCUCUGCAUUACACGCUAUCAUGGCUCAUUGAGUGCGGCAAGAGCAUGUCUCGCGAUGAAUUUUCUAACCUGCUUACUUUUACUCAAGACGGCUUAAUGCAAAAGCCAAAGCUUAUGGGCCAGCGACUUAUGCCAACCCAUGAGUAUAGCUCGGAGGAUUUACUCAUGGCAGCAUUCGACUAUCCACUUCGAGUUUGCGCGUGGUUGGCGCAGAUGAAGGCUAGUAUGUGGGUUCGCAAUGGUAUGAGCCUUCGCCAUCAGGCUGGCACAUACCGAGGAGUUACCCAGCGAGAUGUAACUCACCAUCGAGACUUAUUCCUGCUACAAACCGCUAUGGUCAUUUGCUCGCCGAGUCGCGUAUUGGCAUCGAUGAUUGAUAGAUAUGGGUUGGAAAUGUGGAUGAAGGGCAUCUAUGAGCAGAACUCUGAUGUUCUGGACCACCAACAGCAGCUCGACGUUGCAGAAGAUAUGAUACACCUGCUCAUUGUAUUGCUCUGCGAUAGGACAUCCUUGGUUCCUAUCGAGUCCGAGCCCAACCCACAUACGGUUGCCCUGAGACGCGAUAUUGUGCAUGUCCUUUGCUUCAAGCCAUUAUCAUUCUCAGAGAUCUGUAGCAAAUUGCCGGAUAAGUUCCAAGAACAAGAAGAAUGCCAGGAUCUAUUGGACGAAAUGACGAUAUUCAAAGCGCCCGAGGGACUCUCUGAUGUUGGAACGUUUGAGCUACAAGAACAAUUUCUGAAGGAAAUUGACCCUUACAUUGCGCACUAUAACAAAAACCAAAGAGAAGAGUCAGAAACUGCGUAUCGCAACUGGGUAUCCAAGAAAACCGGACGACCGGCGGCCGAUGUUGUAUUUGAGUCGAAGCUUCGUCCUAUUGAAUCGGGUAUUUUUAUGGAUUUGUCCGCUUUCACUAAGACCGGAAUAUUCGCUCAGAUCAUUUACUACUCCCUGUUGUAUCCCCUAAAAUCACAGGAGCUCACUCCAACUGUACCUGCCACAAGGGUAGAGGCUUUCCUCCAUGUGGUUUUACACUUAGUCCUUAUUUCAAUUGCAGAAGAUAACACUGAAGAGGACGACAUGUCGGAAGAGGCUCUCCAAUCCUUCGUUUACAUUGCAUUAACAAGGAAUGCGAGGAGCAAUUUCAUGAAUGAUGCACCUCAGGCGAAGACUAUAGUAUCCAUCUUGGAAAUUAUGUCAACCAGAGAGGCGUUUAAAUCCUGCCAUCCUAAAAUAAGCCUGGUUUUGAAGAGAAUGAGGCAAAAGAGACCUCGGGGCUUUGAGAGUGCCUUUGCAAAACUUGGAGCUUCGGUUGACAGAGUAUCCACAGCAUCCCCGGCCAUCGUGAAUCCAGAUGAGGAGCGAGAUAAGAAGAAGAAGGCAGCACUUGAGAGGCAAGCAAAGGUCAUGGCCCAAUUCCAGCAACAACAAAAGAACUUCCUCAGCAAUCAAGGUGACGCCGACUGGGCCCAAGAAGACUUAAGCGAUGAGGAUAUGGACGUGCAAGCUGAAGAGCGCAAGAACAACUGGCAAUAUCCGUCUGGCAAUUGCAUCCUUUGCCAAGAAGAUACGAAUGACAGUAAGCCAUAUGGUACUUUCGCUAUGAUGGAAGAGAGUGGUAUUCUGCGUCAAACAGACUUUUCGGAUCAGGAUUUUGUCAAAGAAGCUGCGAGCGUGCCCGCUAAUCUUGACCGUUUUGCUGAGGCAAUCAGGCCAUUUGGCGUUUCCGGUCAGAACAGACAUGUUGUGCACAAAAUUGCUACCAAUGGCCAGGAGGUUGUUAGUGAGAGGCAGACGAUAGGCAAGGGCUUCCCCUCUAAAUCGAUGAAGCUUGGCCCUGUGUCUGUCGGCUGCGGACACAUCAUGCAUUAUAAAUGCUUCGAAUUAUAUUACGAGGCUUCAUCCCGACGACAGAGUCAUCAGAUCGCUAGACACCAUCCCGAGAGGCUUGACCUCAACGAGUUUGUCUGUCCAUUAUGCAAAGCCCAGGGUAAUGCGUUCCUUCCAAUCAUUUGGCGCGGCAAAGAGGAGUCGUAUCCGGGACUUUUGAAUACUUCUGCGCCAUAUGACGAGUGGCUUGAUUCCGUUUUGCCCUCUGCCGUUAAAAGGCAGGAGAAGAGCGCUGCACCACUUGGUGAUGGAGAAUUUCCUGGGUCUCGUUUCCGAGACAUGUUUCUUAACUACAUCCAGGAAAAUGUAGUUCAGUCGUUGUCAAGUAAAGUGCCUAAUCUAGACGAAGCAUGGGAGGCUGUACUUUCGUCUCCAACAUCUCUAUCAGAUAACGCCCUUAACAUAUUACAAGCAAACAGAGCGCCAAUGCGAAUGCUGCCGGGCGCAUUUCCUCCUGACGCCGCUCUUGAGCUUCCAAACGUUACCCCGCCACAAACGAGCACUGCCGAUCCUGGGUUGAUAGAACUCGUCAGAAUAUUCCGUCGCCUUUCUGACACCAUAGUGAGAAACAAGUUGAUUAGUCGGGAGAUUCCCGAGCCGCGUCCAGAAGGCGCAGACGCCUUUUACGCAGGUGACACUGUGGCCCAAGCUCUUGGGUUCUCGAUUUCCGCCGUAGAAAUCCUCCAACGUGGUGUUGAUUCAGAGAGUGGUUCAACUUUCAUAGAGAAGGUUCCACAACAGAGCCUGACUCAUUUACGAAUUCUUUCGGAAACGGCGGCUUCUUACGUAGCCAUUGGAGGAUUGAAGAACGAAGGUAACAAUCCGACAGCAGCUGCAUUCAUGAAUACCUAUGACCGCCAGAUUGAACAGCUUUUCUGUGGAUACCCUCAAGCUUUGAGGUCGCAUUGCGAGGAAAGAGACCACUAUCCGUUGCUCAACUGUGAUAUUUUCAACUUCCUCACGGAAACAUCGCUCUGCUUGGCUCCAGUUCUCGACCUUGACAUCAUGCAUAUUUUAUGUCUUUGCUACGUUGCGGAGAUUGUCAAGGUGGUUCUGGCCAUGGCACGUAACGCUCCUUCCGCGAAGUGGCUGUCUUGGGCUGGCCUUCUCAAUGACGACCAGAAAGCUACAGAGGAGAGCUCAUUCCAACGUGCUUGCUCAUAUAUCACAAAGCUAGAUAUGAGGCACAGGGUAAUGCUAGGCUUGGACAACGCACAGCCCUUCGAAGAACCCGGUGAUGAGUUGGAAGGGUUUGAUCAAGAAUGCUUCAGUGGCAUUGAUGAUUGCAAGGAGUUCGUGAAGAAGUACGCUCUCGUGUUCCUCCGCAAAGCAUCUCUGUUACUGUACGUUCGAUAUGGAACAGAUUUCAACAGCUUUUUCCCUCACAAUUCAGAUGAUGAGUUGGGACGUCUUUCUGAGGCCCUUCGACUGCCUUCGUUUGACGAUAUAUGUGACCUUAUUGUCCAAAAGAGCACAGCGAAGAUAGACGACAUCAUUGACAAUGACGAUAAUUUGUCAUAUGAUGAUAUCUCCACCACGCAACACAUUAUUUGGGGGUGGAUUCAUGCCCACUUCGCUUGGCAAACAAAGCAUGCUCCCGAAGAGGGAAAAUCCGAUAAAAAGGCCAAAGACAUCUCUGUUUCUCAUCCUUCCAUUUUCGAGCUUAUCGGAUUGCCCAAGAACUACGAUACCCUAAUGGAAGAGACAAUGAAAGGACGCUGCCCAACCACCGGCAAAGAUCUUACAGACCCCAUGCUCUGUUUGUUCUGUGGUACAAUCUUUUGUGGUCAAGCAAUGUGCUGCCUGAAGGAAGAACCCAAGACGAGAGGCAAACCUUCUGUCAAGAUUGGUGGCGCACAACAGCACAUGAGGAAGUGCCAAAUUCACAUCGGCCUCUUCAUCAAUAUUAGGAAGUGCACGGUCUUCUAUUUGCAUCACAACUCCGGCAGCUGGAUGGUGGCGCCGUACAUUGACAAAUUCGGCGAGGUUGACCCAGGUCUCCGCCAUGGACGACAGCUUCACCUCCACCAGAAGCGUUAUGAUGCAUUGUUAAGGAACACAUGGCUGCAGCACGGGAUUCCAAGUGUAAUUAGCCGGAAGCUGGAGCAAGAUAUCAACAAUGGGGGGUGGGAAACUAUAUAGUUAGUUUGUGGGUUGGAAUGGGGUGUAUCGGAGUGCCGUUUAUAUAAAUAUGAGAGAUGAGGGACCGAAUUGUCAGCUCAUGCGGCGACGUUUAAUAAGGCUGGGAGUUGGGUUAGAUAGAUGAAGUUUCUUCAAUGGUUAUUCUUGGCUUAGAUACAGUCUCAUCUGAAGUCUAUUGAACCUGGACUCGUUGGGAAAGCCCACGGUUGAUUGAAUGGUAGAUACUGAUAAUUAUACCUUGGAAUCUCACUCCCCUAUUUAAUUUUUCAUGUAUUAAGCUCCAAUGAAGUCAAAUUAUAUGAUAAUCUAUGCAUCACCAGUAUAUAUUGUCAAAAAAAACAUGGGUAGUAGAUAAAAGCGUGUUGGUGACUUCCUUCAUAGCGUGUAGCUGUAAC